GGCACUGUAGUGAUGUUAGCCGCUGCUUGGUAAUAUCUAUGGAAACAUGCAAAUGCAAUAUAUGAGAUAACAUUUAACAAAAUAUAUAUAUACAUCCACACUGCUGGGAAACUAUUUGUAAUAUAACUGCUGAAAUUUAUCUAGUUGUCUUUUUUUUAACUGAGAGCUACAUCAGUGAACAGGAAGAAGAUGCCAGUGGCAGGUGGUACGCAGGCCACCCACGCCUGGCUGCGCUCCACGUGGCACAUCCAGGUGCCCCAGACAUGGCUGGAUGCCUGUGUUGAAUGGGUAACAGAGGAGGCAGGUGGCGCGGCCUUGCCUCAAGCCCAGCUCAACCAGCAAGUCCUGGACCAGUGGCUUCUCACAGACCUCCGUGACUUAGCUCAUCCUGUCCUGCCUGCUGGCAUUACUGAGGCUGAGAAGAUGGAACUGAAUGGCUGCUACAGCCUCCAGGUGGACUCACUCCUUGAUGUUAGCCAGCCGGCGUAUUCUCAGCUCCAGCGUGUCCGCGGCUCUGAUUGCUCCAAUGAUGAAGUCACGGCUGUGACGCAAGCCACUCAGAAACCAUGGGAGGCAAAGCCGACUCGAAUGCUGAUGCUGCAGCUCACUGAUGGUGUUCAGACCCUGGAGGGCAUAGAGUACCGACCUAUUCCAGCUCUCAGUGCCAACCUGCCCCCAGGCACCAAACUGCAGGUGGUGGGAAUGGUGAUGGUACGUCUCGGGGUGUUGCUGCUCAAACCAGAGAAUGUGAGGGUUCUUGGUGGAGAAGUGGAGGCGCUCAUGGGGGUGCAUUCUCAGAGCAGGGUGCUCUGCAGGACCUUAGGGUUGCCUGAGGAAAACCAUCAGCAAGAAGCAGAAGAUCAAGAGGUCCAUCAAGGAGCAAGAAAUGAGGGAACCCUGGACAGCGGAUAUGAGAGCCUUCCAAGCAGUGUGACCUCGCAAAUGAUCAGCAGAAAUGAGCCUCGUCAGUUAGAGAACUCUAGAUUAAGCACCCUUGAAGUGACGCCCAUUUCUAGACAGAGUGGGCCAGAUGUAACCGAUAUUCCAGAUGAGGACUUUGAUAACAUUCCAGAUGACUUCAUGGAUUAUCCAGAGGACAUUGGCAACAUUCCAGUAGACUCUGACCAUGGGCCAGACGACAGGGGCAACAAUUCAGAUGACUUCAAUAAUGAUCCAGAAUACUUUGAUGACAUUCCAAUGGAGGAAUUGGAUGACAUCAUGUCACCUACUGAAAUCUUACCCAGCAGUGGACCUGUGGAAAAUGGAGGAACACAACAAGAGGAUGUUUCAAGUUCAGACUACGUACGAACAGAUAGUCAAGUGAACCAACUCCAAGCUUCAAAUCAUCUUAGUUUAUCCUACAAAGCUCCCCUCAGUGAGGCAAAUCCAACUGAAGUUAUUGAAGUUGAUUCAGAUGAUGACUUCUCCUCUUCUCCAGAACCAAAGAUAGCCAGAUAUGAGUCCAGAUCACAGGUUCCUGAAAACAAUUGCAGGAAAAAAGCUGACACAACAAUUCUCAACCAACCCCGAGCAUCAAAUCCCCUUAGUUUAUCCUCCAGUGUUCCCCUGAGUGAGGCAAAUCCAACUGAAGUUAUUGAAGUUGAUGCAGAUGAUGACUCCUCCACUUCCCCAGAACCGAAGAUGUCCAGAUAUGAACCAAGAUCACAGGUUCCUGCACAAAACCGCAGCAAAAAAGUUGACAUGUCAAUCCUCAACUACCUUUGUAUUUUGAAGGCUGGUGUUUGGCCACCCCAUAGUGUUCAAGUAGUGCGGCUGCAUGCCUUUAUAGUCACUCUGCUGGGGAGCCUUCGCAGCAGUGGAGGGGAAUGGAAAGUCAGGGCCACCAUAUCAGACGGGACUGGAUACCUGGAUGUGGAUCUAUCAGACAGUUUGCUGGCAAAUCUGAUUGGCUUCUCAGCAGCAGAGUCUAAAGUUCUAAGGAAGGAUCCAGCAAAGCGUGGUAUGGUGGACGCUGGGAUACAGAACUGUCAGAGGGAGCUGGUGGAUAUGUGCUGUGUGAUGAGUGUGCAGGUAGAUCCAAAUGGGACAGGUACAGUGCUGAGAACUGACCCACUGACGGACAGAGAGUGCUGUGAAAUACAAAAGAGGGUGACAGACAGGAGGUCCUAACACAUGUGCUGCUGUUUUUUUUUUUGUUUGUUUGUUUUUUUGUUUUUUUGGAAUCUGUCAUCCUAAAAAAGCAGGUAAGUGUCAGCACUGUGUAACUUAAAUAAUGAUAACUGAAUGACAGAAUGAAAAGCAUUAAAAACAGUUGUAAUAAAAAAUUCCAUCUGUUUUUUUUUUUUUUUUGCAUUCCUGUACUAUAUGAAAUUUAGAAAUUUGCAUUUUGGCAAUCUGAAUGUUGCUUUCCAAAACAAUUAGCAAGAAAAUAAUCAUUCAGAUAAAUUUACAGAACUCUAAAAUGCUCUAACUCACAGUCCAGAACUUUCUGUAAAUAUAUGCUUGGCAUUUAUCAAAAGUGCUUUUUUGUUGUUGUUUGUUUGUUUGUAUUCUUUUAAUGUUUCUUUUUAAAUUUCUACUAUAAUUGCACAAAUAAAUGUACAGUAUAAAACUCAUCAACAAUUGUCAUAUAUUGACUAGAUGGUUGUUUUACAAUGUGUUCAUCAACGUUGCAUUUUACAGCAGCCGCACUCAGCUCUGUUAGUAAACGCGUGGUUUCUGGAAACAAAGCACAAUACAAUAUUCAUGCUGUAUAUUGCAGUGUGAGCCCAGCCUUUCUUUCUUUCCUUUUUAUAUUCUUUGUUGUUUUC